AUGCCUGCAUUCAACGUUGUCGUAUUUGGCGGUGAUCACUGUGGUCCCGAGGUUACUGCCGAGGCCAUCAAGGUCCUUCAAGUGGUUCAGAAGCACCGCGAUGUUUCCUUUAAUCUUCAGGAUCACCUCCUCGGUGGCGCCUCGAUCGAUGCCACCGGCUCCCCUCUGACCGACGAAGCUUUGGAAGCUGCCAAGAAUGCCGACGCCGUCCUUCUGGGUGCCAUUGGCGGACCGAAAUGGGGCACUGGCUCCGUGCGUCCUGAACAGGGUAUCCUGCGCUUGCGAAAGGAGAUGGGCACAUUCGGUAACCUGCGACCUUGCAACUUUGCUGCCCCUUCCCUCGUCGACAGCUCUCCCCUGAAGGCCGAUGUCUGCCGUGGUGUCGACUUCAACAUCAUCCGUGAACUCACGGGUGGUAUCUACUUCGGUGACCGCAAGGAGGACGAUGGUUCCGGCUACGCCAUGGACACCGAGCCCUACUCCCGCGCGGAGAUUGAGCGCAUCAUUCGUCUGGCCGCUCACUUGGCUCUGCAACACAACCCCCCUCUUCCCGUGUGGAGUCUGGACAAGGCGAAUGUCCUUGCCACUAGCCGUCUGUGGCGUAAGGUCGUGACCGAAGUCAUGGCCAAGGAAUUCCCUCAGGUCCAGAUUGGUCACCACCUGAUUGACUCUGCAGCCAUGCUUAUGGUCAAGGACCCCCGUAAGCUGAACGGCAUUGUCGUGACGAGUAACCUCUUUGGUGAUAUCAUCAGUGAUGAGGCCAGUGUGAUUCCCGGCUCGCUGGGCCUGCUGCCCAGUGCCAGUCUGAGUGGUAUCCCCGAUGGCACGAACCGUGUCAACGGUAUCUAUGAGCCCAUUCACGGCUCCGCUCCCGACAUCUCCGGCAAGGGCAUUGUCAACCCCGUGGCCGCAAUUCUCUCCGUUGCCAUGAUGAUGCAGUACUCCUUCAACAUGUUCGACGAAGCCCGCAUCAUCGAGAAGGCCGUUGAGAACGUCAUCGAGGCGGGUGUUCGUACCGGUGACAUCGGCGGCAAGGCCACGACAGCCGAAGUUGGUGAUGCCGUCGUUGCCGAGCUCGAGAAGCUGCUCAAGUAA